AUGAAAUUCCGCAGCCGAAGCUACUCCCUAGUUUUGCUACUAUUUUUUGUGGUAUUCGAACGAUCUGUUGCAUCUUCUUCAAAGCCUUCGAAAUUCUCGCUAGAUUCGAUUAACCCUCAAAAUUUGCGAUUACCUAGAGAUCUACUACCAAUUUGGACCAUCGCCAGCACUCAAUUUGAACCGAUCUCCGCCCGACGGGUUUUUCCAUGUUUUGAUGAACCAGAUUUUAAAGCUGCUUGGAAAGUUGCGAUUAUCCACCCGAAUGGCUCGACCGCGUUAGCGAAUGGGAUCGGGGAAGGGGAGCCGAUACCUAUACCUGACCAGCCUGGUUGGCUAAAAAGCACUUUCCGCGAAACCAUUCCACUAUCUACCUACUUGGUGGCCUUUACGGUCAAUGAUUUUGUGUGCCUGGAGGGGAGAACGAAGACUAACAUUCGGGUCAGACUCUGGUCUCGCAAGGCAAUCGUCCAAAACCUUAAAUAUGCCCUCAGCGUCGGGAUCAAAGUUCUGGAUUACUUUGAGGAAUACUACGGCAUUAACUUCCCGAUGCCAAAGCAAGACAUGAUCGCGAUCCCGAACUUCGAAGCCGGUGCUAUGGAAAAUAUGGGCCUGGUGACUUACAAGGAGCAGAGUUUGAACUACGAUCCGGAGCGAAAUUCCCUACAAGAAAAAGAACUGGUGACAAGGAUUGUAACGCACGAGUUGGCGCAUCAGUGGUUCGGCAACCUAGUCACUCUGAAAUGGUGGGACGACUUGUGGCUAAACGAGGGUUUCGGCACGCAUAUGGAAUUUCUGGGUGCUGAGUAUGCAUCGGGCGGACAUUUUCAAGAGGCGUCCAAUUUCGAAACGGAAGCGGUGGCAAAAGCGUUCGAGAUGGAUGCUACCGGAAAUUCGCAUCCCUUAUCCUUCAAAAUCACUCGCGGAAGCGAUGCGUCGAAUGCGUUUGAUCAUAUUAGCUAUUAUAAGGGAGCAGCAUUUAUCCGGAUGCUGGAGAAAAUCAUUGGAACGGAAAGCCUGAAGAAAGGACUUCGGGCCUACCUCAAGAAAUACGCCUACUCCAACGCGGCAGCCAUCGACAUGCUUCGCGCUUUGGGAGAGCACGUCCCGGAAGAUAUUCUAGGCCCAGACGGUUCUCGGUUCAAUUUGACGAAAUUCUCAAUACCUUGGAUACAGCAGAUGGGAUUUCCGCUACUUUCCGUUCGACGAAUAGAUGAGAAUACAGUCGAGAUCCGCCAAAAACGCUUCAAAGCCAACCCGAGCCAGAAGGACCAGGCGCAAUACGCCGAGAAUCCACUUGGCUACAAGUGGGACAUACCAAUUUGGUACCAGGUUGGCGGGCGACCUCAAAGAAUAGUGUGGCUGCCAUUUGAUAAAGAGAAGAUUACGAUUCAUGUAUCCGAACGAGAAGGCACUUUAAUUAUCAAUCCCGAGGCAAUUGGAUACUACCGCGUAAACUACGAUGCAGAACUUUGGGAGCAGAUCGCUCAGCAGCUCGACAAAGAUCCGAAGGCAAUACCGCCACUCGGACGCUGUCGACUAAUCGACGACGCUUUUCAGCUGGCUAGCGCUGGAGAAUUACCUUACCAAAGAGCUACUCGGCUAACCAGCUAUUUGGACCAGGAAACCGAUUUGUGCCCCUGGAAAACAGCGCUCAAGCAAUUUCUGGUCAUCGCCCGUAAUUUGGGGCCGGAAGCUGCCGAUGAGGGCUCCUUACUUCGUGAUAUUACGAGUGUUUGCACCUAUAUGCAACUACCGGAAUGUAUGAAAAAGAUGCAGGACAUUUUUAAAGAGAAAUUCACCACCACCUGCUCGGCCAACGAUUUGGCAUCAAGGUGUAGUCGGUUUGGCGAAUCGAUACUGUCGCUCCAAACCCUGAUCCAAUAUGGAGUUAGCGUCACGACUCAGGAGCAACUAAAUAUUCUCCAAAAAUUCCUCGACGACAAUCGUGAGACCACCCGGGAUUCCCUUACGAAAUGGAAUAGCGAAGUAGAACAUGGGAAGAUUGGCCUCCUUGGCACGGCAGCUGGCCUCCACUCUCUGUUCGUCAUUAGGCGUUGCCCGUUUUUGAUAGGUAUCGUCGAGCAUUACUGCCUAAUUCACGCUGCCACAGGGGUGAUUGUCAAUUUCGGACACUUUGGUUGGGCGGUACCAAGCGCAAUUUGGCACAUUCAAUACGACUUCUCCUUCGUCAACUAUUUUAUAUCAACCGUUAUUUUCGCGAGCGUUUUUGUUGCCUACGUAGCUCGGAUAUUUUUGGCGAUAAACCGCUGGCUGUCCGUGGCGUUCUAUGGCAAAUACUACUACCAUGUGGAAAAAGCAAAAGCGUGGUGCUAUGUGACGCUAAUUGGCAGCUCCGUUAUUUUCAAUAUUCCGUUACUAAUUCCCGAUUGUCGCCCAUCUGUCUACACCGACCCGUUCAUCUUUUUCUAUGCGGGCGAGGGAGAGUGUGGUCCGAAAUACUCCGAUAUUUCACAGAUCAAAUUCGGCUACCUCGAAAUUGGGGUGACGACCAUUUUAGAGGUGUCCUCCUUGCUUUUGCUGAAUAUUCAGCUGAAGAAGUUGGAACGGGGCCGGUCAGGCACAAAUUCGCGCAGUCAAUUAGGCUGGCAGCUGCGGUUUGCUACGCAGCUCGUCGUAUUCAACGCGGGCGAGAUCGCGAGUCUGGCACUGUACACAUUUUUCAACCAAAUUGCGGCCAGCGUCUUUGAGCUCUUCAUCCUAGGCACAGCUUGUUGGCAGCUUCAAUGGCUCGUUGUCAGCUUUAUCUACAUCAUUUUCCAAAGCCGCGGCGAAAAGUCAACAGCUACCCCGGUAACGCUAGUUGUGGCCACUCGAAACUCAUCGCGGUUUGGA